GGUGGAAGCCUUCAGUGAAGAAGCGUCCAUCUACGACAAGCGCUGUGAUUUAUGGAGCUUGGGAGUCAUUCUGUACAUCAUGUUGAGCGGUUACCCCCCUUUUGUGGGUCACUGUGGGACCGACUGCGGCUGGGACCGUGGUGAAGCGUGCCCCGCUUGCCAGAAUAUGCUGUUUGAAAGCAUCCAGGAGGGGAAAUACGAAUUCCCAGACAAGGACUGGGCUCACAUCUCUUUCGAAGCUAAAGACCUCAUUUCAAAGCUCCUUGUAAGAGAUGCCAAAAAGCGUCUGAGUGCAGCCGAAGUCCUCAAGCAUCCUUGGGUACAAGGGUGUGCUCCUGAUAACACUCUCCCCACUCCAAUCAUCCUACAAAGGAACAGCAGUGCCAAAGAGUUGACCUCGUUUGCCGCCGAAGCCAUUGCGGUCAACCGUCAGUUAAUGCAGCACGAGGAGGAAGCUGCGGAGGAGACUCACCCCAUUAUCAUCAAAGCUACCUCAUGCUCUAUGCACCUCUCUCCUCCCUCCGAAUCCAAGCUGGCUAAACGGAGACAGAAGACAAGCAUGGCUAAAGCGAACCCCACCCAGCAUCUGGUGACUCCCUUGGUCUUGGUUGGGGAUCACAUGUGACUGCCUUUCCUUCUAUACGUCCAUUCUCCCUCUCACUCCCCCAAGCCCUUUGUGUCUCUUCGGACAAAAAGGUCUGCUUGAAUAGCUUAACAAAAAGACCAAGAUCAAGUUGGCUGGUUCCCAAGGAUUCUUUUCUGUCUAUGAUCUUGUUCUUGACGCACAUGGCUGUUUUGUUUCUUGUACCUUUUUGUUUCUCUCUUUCUCUUUCCCUCUCUCUCUCUCUCUCCUUCUCUGAAAAAAAGCUAUUUAAAUUCUAUUUCUCCCUUCCCUUGUUUCCCCUCUUCCCAGUGUAUUUUGAUGCACAAGUAAUUUUUGCUUAAAAAGUUAAAAAAAAAGGCCCCUUCCUCCCCACUGAAGGGGC